CCUGCGCAGCCCAUCAGGCUCGGCGGGGGAGCAGUGACCAGGGGCCUCCGCCGCCAGCAUGGAGCAAGUGCCCGCCGCGGCAGCCAAGGCCCGACGCCAGGGCUGCUCCGCCCACUGCGCCCCAGGGUGCAAGCCCCACAAGGCCCAGUGAGCUGCAGCCGCUAGCCUGGGGACCUCUUUUAAGAUGACCCGCACGGACCCGCCAGACUUGCUGGUGUCGACCGUGUAUCAGGACAUCAAGGUGGCGACCCCGGGGCCCGCGUCCAGGCGCCCGCCAUGUGAGCGCUCCAUGGCCCGGCCUGCUGCGCCCGUGCCUUUCAACAAGCGCCACUGCCGCAGCUUCGACUUCCUGGAGGCGCUGGACGGGGCGCCCAUGGAGACCCUCCCUGAGCCGCCGCCCCCGGAGCCCCCGGCGCCGCGCGCCCGGCCCCGCGACAGCGAACCCCGGCGCCGCGCCCGCUCCAAGAGCGCUCCCCGCGCGCCCCCGGACCUGGCGCCCGCCUCACCUCCAGUGCUGCCGCGCCGAGGCCGGGAGGUCCAACGGGCGGCGCGGGCGGAGGGGUCACCACGCCGGGAGCCCGCAUACCCCGCGCUGCGCGCGCUCGCCAACGAGCUGCACCCCAUCAAGCUGCAGCCACAGCGCGGCGGACCCGGCCGCAUCGCUCCGCUGUGCCCUGCCGCCGGCCGCUGCGCGCCCCCGGAGCCGCCUGCCGGGCCUGCCCCCCACGUCCGCUGCCGCCUGGACAUCAAGCCCGAUGACGCGGUGCUGCAGCACGCGGCCCGGGGCUCGCGGUCCUGCAGGCCCCUGGAGGCCACGCCCUGGGUCCGCGCCACCCCGCAACUCCACGGCCUCACGGUGCCCGGGCCUCGCCCUGUGGCGCUGUCGCGCACCCCUACCCCCAGUGACUCGUACUGCACGGAUACCCGGGCGCUUUACUGCGACGGGCCUCUGCCGGGGCCCCGAGACUACGUGGACCGGCGUAGCCUGCCUUUCACCACCCCGCCAGGCCCCACUCAAUUCUUCUACACGGAGGAGGCCGAGGGCCCCCCGGGCGGCUUCACAGCCAGCCCCGGCCCUGCCUUCGACAGCUAUUUCCCCAGGUCCUUCCAGCCCGAGGAGUCCCGGGGGCCCAGUCCAAGGCGUGCGGGCGGCUACUAUGCAGGGGACGUGCGCACCUUUCCGGUCCACCAACCGCCCUCCCGUGCCUACUAUGGAGAGGGCCCCCGAGCCUACGGCCCGCCCUGGGGACCCCACUAUCCCCCCGAGGAGCCCCAGGCCCACCCCUCCAUCCGACCCUUUUACACAGAGGACUUCGGGCGGUACCGAGACCGAGACGCCCUGGCAAGGACUUACCCGCACCCCCGGGGCAGCCUGGCCUGGGGCGACUGGGGCCUGAGGCCGUACGGGACUUUGCAGGUGGCGCCUCCUCCAGACCCCGGCCCCUUGCUCGCUUCAUGGCACGGCGGCACCGGCACCAGCCCGCCCCGGCUGGCCACCGACAGUCGCCACUACUCGCGCUCCUGGGACAACAUCCUGGCCCCUGCGCCCCGCCGUGAGGACCCCCUGGGCCGUGGCCGCAGCUACGAGAACCUGCUGGGACGAGAGGCACGGGAGCCGCCGGGCACGUACCCGGAAGGCCGGCGCGCGCCGGUGGUGGUGAACCUGUCCACCUCGCCCAGGCGCUACGCAGCUCUGUCCCUGUCCGAGACGUCGCUGUCUGAGAAGGGCCGAGCGGGCGAGGGCCCGGGCCGCAACUGGUACGUCACGCCGGAGAUCACCAUCACCGACAACGACCUGCGCGCCUCCGAAGGCCCGGCCGCCAGAGGCUGGGAGCUGCCCCGGGGCCGCCCGCGGCCGCCCGCAGCCGCCGCCGCCGCCGACGGCCCCUCCCCUGGCCGCCAGCGCAGCCUCGAGCAGCUGGACGAGCUCAUCACCGAUCUGGUGAUCGACUCGCGGCCCGCCGCCGGUCAAGGACCCGAGCCUGUGGCCGACAGCCUGGGCCGCCAGCUUCGCCGCCUUCUGGACUCGCGGUCCGCAGGCCCCGAGGCCCCCGCGCUGGUGCCGCGCUCUCCACCAGCGUCGGCCGGCAGCGCCGAGGAGCCUACGGCCCCGGGGCAGGCGGCCGACGCGUCCCCGGACCCCAGCGCGGACGAAGACGACCUGAUGACUUGCUCCAACGCGCGCUGCCGGCGCACUGAGACCAUGUUCAACGCCUGCCUCUACUUCAAGUCCUGCCACAGCUGCUACACCUACUACUGCUCGCGCCUGUGCCGCCGCGAGGACUGGGACGCGCACAAGGCGCGCUGCGUGUACGGCCGCGUGGGCAGCGUGUGCCGCCACGUGCUGCAGUUCUGCCGCGACAGCGGGCCGGUGCACCGCGCCUUCUCGCGCAUCGCACGCGUAGGCUUCUUGUCGCGCGGCCGCGGCGUGCUCUUCCUGGGCUUCCCGAGUCCUGGCUCCGCGGAAAACUUCUUGCGUUUCGGCCUCGAGGGACUGCUGCUGUCACCUACCUACUUGUCCCUGCGCGAGCUGGCCACGCACGCGGCACCCCUGGGCAGCUAUGCGCGUGAAUUGGCGGCUGCAGGGCGCCUCUACGAGCCGGCCGAGUGCUUCCUGCUCAGCGUGUCGGUGGCCGUAGGCCCUGGCGCCACACCCCCCGGCGCCCCGGCGCGGCCCGCGCCGCGCAGCCCUGGGCCCACGGUGCGCAAGUUCGCCAAGGUGGCGCUGGCGGCCGGCAGCCCGGCGCGGCCGCCCCCGGCGCGGGGUCGCGAGCCUGACAUGGAGACGCUGAUCCUUACGCCGCCACCGGGCACGGCGGGCCUGGACCAGGACGGCGAGGCAGGCCGGCGCGCGCGCGAAGUGGCCUUCAUCCACAUCCAGCGCGAGCUGCGACUGCGCGGUGUCUUCCUGCGCCACGAGUUCCCGCACGUCUACGAGCAGCUCUGUGAGUUCGUCGAGGCCAACCGGCGCUUCACGCCCACCACCAUCUACCCCACGGACCGGCGCACAGGCCGCCCCUUCAUGUGCAUGAUCAUGGCCGCCUCCGAACCUCGCGCGCUGGACUGGGUGGCCAGCGCCAACCUGCUCGAUGACAUCAUGUGAGACGCGGGGGGCUCGCCGGGGCCCCACCCAACCCACCUAGGGCCCGCCCAGGCCACCCAGGGCCGCCCUCUAGCCCCGCCGAAGUCACUCAGGCCCCGCCCACCAGGGCCACCCUGAGCCCCGCCCAGCCCACUCAGGACCUGCUCCCUCCAUGUAGACCCUGCCCCGCUUCUUUUAAGCCCCGCCUCGAAUCCGCCUAGACCCGCCCUCCUCGACUCGAGCUCCGCCCAGGCCCCGCCCCGCUGCGUCCGUGCUGCGACGCCCCCCUCCCCGCCCCGACAAGCCCAGCCCCGCUACCCCUUCCCCAGCUCUCCCUCGGGCCUCUCCAGACGCCGGUCCUUGGCCACUUGGUGCUCCCCGCUGGGAGGCGGGGUGGGCCUGAGGACCGCCCGGCCCUGCGCGGAGGGGUCAGUCACUAUUGCAGAUCCGGCCCGUCCGUUCGUCCCCUGUCCUCCGCAGGGACUCCUUGGAACCUCCCCAAGCCUGGUUCGCCCUGGUCCAGGAGCCCGAGUUGACCAAAGCCUAGUCCCGACCCACUUAAGACGCCCCCACCCGCCUCCUGUGGACUGGAUUGCGUCCGGUUCAGAGGCCUUUCCUGUCUGGAGGACACCCUGGUCGGCCUCGGUGUGUCCGUGUCCCGAGCACGCCCUGCCCUGGUGGUGUGUGGUGCCUUUCCACUGGCCCCGGCCCCGGAUGGAGAGGGUACAGCCGGCCCCCGAGCUCGCACGUUUUUCGCGGAUCCCCGCCAGCCUCCCCUCACCACAGGUUGUCCUGGCCUGGGCCCUGCAGGAGGGGCUGGGGCGAGCGGCAGUGGUGGGGCUCUCGAAAUCUUCGGCCAAGGCACAAGACACUCAGCCAGAGGAGAGGAGGGCCAGGGCAGGGGAAGCAGAGGACAGCGUGGGACGCAGGCCAGGCGCCGGCCCAGAGCCGAGACCUGGCUGGGCAUGAGGCGGGCUGCCUGCCCACACCCGACAGGAUGGCCCAAGGCGGAUGCCAGGGCCAGGUUUACAAACAGCAGCACAGGCUCUAACCUCACGGCGGGGGGUGGGGGAGCCGGAA